CCCCCCCCUUGCCCCCCCUUCUCCCUUCUCCCCCACCCCGUCUCCUCGACAUCGCAAAUUCGCUGCCGGUUCGCAGGAGCAGCCGCCGAGGCGACCCCGCGGCAGGAGCCGCCACCAGCCCCGCUCGCUCCGCUCCUCCGGGCGUCCAGCCUUGUUUUGAAGGGAGCUAACAUGGCGACGGUGCCCGUCUAUUGCAUCUGUAGGCUGCCCUACGACGUAACCCGCUUCAUGAUCGAGUGCGAUGCCUGCAAGGACUGGUUUCACGGCAGCUGUGUGGGUGUUGAAGAAGAAGAGGCACCAGAUAUUGACAUCUAUCAUUGUCCAAAUUGUGAGAAAACCCACGGAAAGUCUACUUUGAAAAAGAAAAGAAAUUGGCAUAAACACGAUACUGGGCAGACAACAGAGGUCAAACCUGUACAGAAUGGAAGCCAAGUCUUUAUAAAAGAACUUCGAAGUCGUACUUUUCCAAGUGCUGAAGAUAUAGUCGUGAAAGUGCCAGGUAGUCAACUAACAACAGAGUAUUUGGAAGAAAAUGGCUUUGUGGAGCCCAUCCUCGUCCCAAAGAAGGACGGCCUGGGUUUGUCUGUACCUGCACCCACCUUCUACGUCAGUGAUGUUGAAAACUAUGUCGGACCAGAGAGGAGUGUUGAUGUCACUGAUGUCACCAAGCAGAAGGACUGCAAGAUGAAGCUCAAGGAAUUUGUGGAUUACUACUACAGCACAAACAGGAAAAGGGUCCUCAAUGUGACUAACUUGGAGUUCUCAGACACAAGGAUGUCCAGUUUUGUAGAGCCUCCAGAUAUAGUUAAGAAGUUGUCCUGGGUGGAAAACUAUUGGCCUGAUGACGCUCUUCUGGCUAAACCAAAAGUUACCAAGUACUGCCUGAUCUGCGUGAAGGACAGCUACACAGAUUUCCACAUAGAUUCGGGAGGAGCUUCUGCGUGGUACCAUGUGCUGAAGGGAGAAAAGAUAUUUUAUCUCAUCAAACCAGCUUCUGCAAAUAUUUCUCUUUAUGAACGCUGGCAAUCGGCAGCCAACCACAGUGAGAUGUUUUUUGCAGACCAAGUAGAUAAAUGUUACAAAUGUACAAUUAAACAAGGACAGACACUCUUCAUUCCAUCAGGUUGGAUUUAUGCAACUCUAACACCUGUAGACUGCCUGGCCUUUUCAGGACAUUUUCUACAUAGUCUAAGUGUUGAAAUGCAGAUGAGGGCGUAUGAAGUGGAAAGACGAUUGAAAAUUGUUAGUCUGACCCAGUUUCCAAACUUCGAAACUGCAUGUUGGUAUAUGGGAAAGCAUCUACUAGAGACAUUCAAAGGUUUGCAUAAAGCUGGGCAACAACCUCCUGCUCAUUUACUCCAAGGAGCAAAAAUUCUCAAUGGUGCUUUCAGGUCAUGGACUAAAAAACAGGCUUUAGCAGAGCAUGAAGAUGAACUGCCGGAAAACUUCAAACCAGCACAACUUAUCAAGGACCUUGCCAAAGAAAUAAGAUUAAGUGAGAAUGCUUCGAAAGCCAGCAAAGCAGACGUGAGUGCCAACUCCAAUGCUGAGGAGAUCUGUCCUGUGGAGAAGGAGGAGGCACCAUCACCUGUCCAAAUGACGCCUCCGCCCCCACCUGUAGAAAAGCUCCCUAAAAAAAAGACUCCUAAAACUGUGAAAACCCCCAAACAACUGAAGCCAUCCAAACCCCCCAAACCUCCCAAGGUACCCAAACCCCCUAAGCCUCCCAAAACACCAAAAGUUAAGGGAGAAGGAAAAAAGAAAGGAAAGAAGGCAAAAGAGAGUCCACCACCAGCCAUCCCAAAUCUCGACUUGCUGGAGGCGCACACAAAGGAGGCUUUGACAAAGAUCGAGACGCCAAAGAAGGGGAAGGCUGCAAAGAAUGUUUUAAGUGUUCCCAAUAAGGAAACUGCUAGUAAGCAGAAUGAGGUGGAGAAAUUUGAAGUUCGAGAGCAAAAUAAAAGCAAAACAGAAGCCAAAUGGAAGUACAAGAACAGUAAACCUGAUUCACUUCUUAAAAUGGAAGAGGAACACAAAUCUGAAAAGACACCUUUAUCGGGAAAUAAGGACAACAAAUUUACAUUUUCUUUCUCUAAUAAGAAGUUGCUUGGUUCAAAGGGAGUCAAAACUCAGCUGAAUACUAGUGUGUUUGGGUCACUGCAGAAUUUUAAAGAAGACAAAGCAAAACCUGUGCGAGAUGAAUAUGAAUACGUGUCAGAUGAUGGUGAACUAAAAAUUGAUGAGUUUCCAAUCAGAAGAAAGAAAAACACUACAAAGAGAGAACUGCCCUUUUUAUCAGAUAAAAAAGACACUCUACAGCACACUCCUGUUAAGAAGCCAAAGGUGGAGUCGGUAUCCUACAAGAGCGAUGACUCGUCAGAUGAAGAUUUGCUUCACAUUGACACAGAGGCAAAGCCAGGACGCAAUUCCAAAGUAAAGAAAGAAAGUGGAAGUUCAGCAGGAAUUCUUGAUCUUUUGCAGGCAAGCAAGGAAGUUGGGGGUUUAGAGUAUAACACCAACAGUCAGCCACCUGCCUCACCCAGCACACAAGAAGCAAUCCAGGGCAUGCUAUCGAUGGCAAACCUCCAGUCGUCAGAGUCCUGCCUCCAGACAUCAUGGGGUACCAAUCAGGCGAAGAGUAACUCCAUCUCCACACAAAACUCUAAAAAAACAGGUGGUGGCAGCAACAAAAACACCAGCAAGCGGUUACUAAAGAAAAGCACAAAGAACAGUAUUGACAUCGAAGAUUACGACGAAGAUCAGGAUCACUUAGAUGCCUGUUUUAAAGAUUCAGACUACGUUUACCCUUCUCUCGAAUCAGAUGAAGAUAAUCCCGUAUUCAAAUCCCGAUCAAAGAAAAGGAAAAGUUCAGAUGAUGCCCCUUACAGUCCAACGGCACGAGUUGGCCCCUCGGUGCCUCGACAAGACAGACCAGUGCGAGAGGGCACGAGAGUUGCCUCCAUUGAAACUGGACUUGCAGCUGCUGCCGCAAAGUUGUCACAACAGGAGGAACAAAAAGGCAAGAAGAAAAAAAAUACCAAAAAGAAGCUGUCAACCAACAACGCGAACAAACCGGCUCAGGAAGGCAGCUCGCCAGAGCCGAAGCUGGAGUCACAUGCCAGCAGCCUCACAGAUCACGAGUACACCGCAGGGGCCAGCACCUUUGGGGUCGCCCAGCCUAACAGGGGAUCGCAGCCGAUGGCACCCGGUGUUUUCCUCACACAGAGGAGACCCUCAUCAUCCUCGCAGAACAAUGCCUCUGCCAAAGGAAAGCGCACGAAGAAGGGGAUGGCCACGGCCAAGCAGCGGCUCGGCAAGAUCCUGAAGAUCCACCGGAACGGGAAGCUGCUGCUCUAGCGGCGGGGCCCGCGGGCAGCCCGGCGGCGUCGCGCCCGGGGACGCUGCCGCUUGAUUCUUGGCCACCACGACAAUAAUCCCUUUAACUUUCGGCGGUCGGAGUGUACAGAAUCCUGCUAUAAAUAUUUUUUAAUAUAGAUGUCCUUUCUCAGAGUGCUGAGAGUGACUAGCCGCAAAAAGUUAAUACUAAUCUCGGCCGCGGAGGAGCGUGCCAGCCGGGCCCGGCCGCGGGCGGAGCCGGCGGCGAAGCAGCAGCAGCAGCGAGGCGGGAAGGCGCCGCGCCUCUUCCCGCCCGGGGCGGGGCGGGGCGGGGCGGGGCGGCAGCGCCCGUGUGGGGAGGCGGGGGCGGCCGCCGGGCUGGGGCGCCGGGCCGGGCGGUGCGGGGCCGGGCCGGGCCGGGCCGUGCGGUGCCGUGCGGUGCGCUGCCGUGCCGUGCGGGGCCGGGCCGGGCCGGGCCGUGAGACGCCGGGUUGUGAGGCGCCGGGCUGUGAGGCGUUGGGCUGAGGCGCCGGGCUUUGAGGCGCCGGGCGCGUUUCUCAGGCAACCCCCUGUUGCCCUGCGUAGCUGCGUUUCCCGAGACAUCCUUUUCCUAGAAUGUAGCUUGUACAUAGCUUUUGGAAUAACCACCACCGGUUUUUUAUAAGGGGAAAGUCUCUCCGGGGCGCCGCCCGCCGGUACCAGCUCUUUGCGUAACUUCUUGUACGAGGAGGGAGACAGUUAUUUUACUAGCACCUUGUGGAGUGUUUCCGUGUUUUGUGACGAUGUAAUUUAUUAAUGUUUGUAGCUUUUUAUAUUUGUACAUUUCUUAUGGGCUUUGUUUAUAUACACACAUUACCAGGGCGCGGCGCCUGCGGGGAACCAGAGCCACCCGCAGCCGUGGGCGAGGGCCGCGAGGGCCGCGCCAGCCUGGGUGUCGCGCCGGCUUUUUUUAUUAUGAUUAUUAUUAGUAGUAUUAUUAUUUUUUCGCGACAUGUACAUUUCUAACAAAGUUUAUCGUGGCUAUCUAUCUAUGACGGUGUUUUAUUUACCGAUUCAUAUCAAAUGCUCUUGUAUCGAGUUCACAAAAUCUAAGUAAACCUAGAGCAAAGUUUAAAAAAAGAAAAAAAGAAAAAAAAAAAAGAAAGUAAAGUAAACUAUUUCAGGUUUUGUACACAA